AAACGUUUCUCUUUGAAAUGCCUAUUGCACCAUAAUUAAAAGAAAAAAGCCUGCAACUUUCUUCGAAGCCGAGGCAUAAGAGAAGUUUCUUUGUAUCAUCUCUAGCUAGCUUGUGCAUCUUUCUCAGCUCUUUCGAUAAAACCCUUUGGUAUUUUCUGUUUAAGGAAGAGAAAAGGCUUGAAUUUGAUUGAAUCAGAAUUUAUAUUCUCAAAAUGGCAUCUGGAUCGUCGGGUCGGGCAAACUCUGGCUCGAAGGGAUUUGAUUUUGGGUCCGAUGACAUUCUUUGCUCUUAUGAAGAUUACGGCAAUCAGGAAUCUUCAAACGGAACUCAUUCAGAUCCUGUGGUCAGUGCUAAUUCCAGCAAGGAUUUCCACAAAGGUAGAAUGGCAAGGUCAUCUGUGUUCCCUGCCUCUUCCUAUGGCCAGCCAGAAGAUUCUUUCACCCAAGAUGUUAUCUCUAUUUUUGAGAAAGGCAUGAAAAAACAUACCGACAACCUCUUGCGCUUUCUCGAGGGGAUCAGCUCACGGAUGUCUCAGUUAGAAUUAUAUUGCUACAACCUUGACAAAUCAAUUGGAGAACUGCGGUCUGAUUUAGUUCGUGACCAUGGAGAGGCAGAUUCAAAGCUUAAAUCUCUUGAGAAACAUCUUCAAGAAGUGCACAGAUCUGUCCAGAUCCUGAGGGACAAACAAGAACUUGCUGAGACUCAAAAAGAAUUAGCCAAGCUUCAGCUUGUGCAGAAGGAGUCCUCUUCUUCAAGCCAUUCUCAAUCGGAGGAAAAAACUUCACCGCCAGCCUCUGAAUCCAAGAAAGCUGACAGCGGUCCUGAAAUGCAUAACCAGCAAUUGGCUCUUGCUUUGCCCCACCAGGUAGUGCCACAGCAACAGCCUGCACCUGUGCCCACACCGACCCAAGUACCACCCCAGAACGUUGCCCAACAGCAAUCCUACUAUUUGCCUACAGCCCAAACCCAACACCCUCAGACCCAGUAUCUGUCUUCUGAUUCUCAGUAUCGAACACCCCAAGUGCAAGACAUCUCUAGGGUGGCUCCGCAACCAACACAGACACAAAUAAAUCAGACACCACAGGGCCAACAAUUUCCUCAGUAUCAGCAGCAGUGGCCCCAACAGUCACCUCAGCAGGUGCAAGCACCACAACAGCCUGCCAUACAGCCCCAGAUAAGGCCCUCAUCUCCAUCAGUUUAUCCUACCUAUCCACCGCAAGCGCAACCUAUGAGUGCAUCCCCAUCAGAGGCACUGGCUAACAGCAUGCCUAUGCAAGUGUCAUAUGCUGCAGUUCCUCAAUCCUUACCUAGUCGUGCUGAUGCCAUGCCUUAUGGAUAUGGAGCUGGUAGAACUGUUACUCAGCCGCCUCCAUCUCAGCAAAUUAAGGGGACUUACGGAGCACAACCUGGUGAUGGAUAUUCAACUGCUGGUCCCCAUUCUGCAAUUCCCGCAGGGAGUACAUUUAUGAUGUAUGAUAAUGAAGGGGGAAGGACACAUCAACCACCUCACUUUCCACAUGCGGGAUAUCCUCCAGCAAAUAUGGGUCUCCAUAAUCCCCAGCAAGCCACAGGCGCAAACAUGUUAGCUCGCAAUCCAAGCCAUUCACCCUUUGUUCGCAACCAUCCCUAUAACGAGUUGAUUGAGAAGCUUUUAAACAUGGGUUUCAGGGGUGAUAUUGUUGUGGGCGUGAUACAGAGGAUGGAAGAGAGCGGUCAGCCUGUUGAUUUCAAUUCUGUGCUUGAUCGGUUGAAUGUGCAUGCUUCUGGAGGUCCUCACAGAGGAUGGUCAGGGUGAAAGCAGUGAUUUGGGUUUUAAACGCUCCAUUGUUAAGUUUGGCUUGAAUUUGAAUAAAUGCUGUUAUGAUGUUGGCUGUCUUGGAAUAGUAUGUAUAUCAUGUAUCUUUUGAGGAUCAUAUUUUAGUAGUUCCUCCCUCGUUGCCAGUGUAUGGAUUUCUCCCUAAGAUUUUUAGGAGGGGAAGAUCCUGUUGCAUUGUUAGGCUUUCUUAAGGAUCAUAGGUUUCUGUGAAAUUAGGCUUGUCAAGCGCGGCACUUAUGGCCUCUGAAUAAAUUUUCCCUUUAAUUGUCCCUA